AUGGAUUCCUCCGGCCCCGGACCGUCCUCGGCCGGCGGUGCCAGCGUGCCGGACGUGGCGCCGAAACCGCCGGCGCAGCUGAGCAGGUACGAGUCGCAGAAGCGCAGGGACUGGAACACGUUCCUGCAGUAUCUGCGGAACCAUCGGCCGCCGCUCACGCUGGCGCGGUGCAGCGGCGCGCAUGUGAUCGAGUUCCUCAGGUACCUGGACCAGUUCGGCAAGACCAAGGUGCACGCCGCCGGGUGCGCCUACUACGGCCAGCCCAGCCCGCCGGGGCCAUGCCCUUGCCCUCUGCGGCAGGCGUGGGGGUCCCUCGACGCGCUCAUCGGCCGCCUGCGCGCGGCCUACGAGGAGAGCGGCGGCGCGCCGGAGUCCAACCCCUUCGCCGCUCGCGCCGUCCGGAUCUACCUGCGCGAGGUGCGUGACUCCCACGCCAAGGCGCGAGGGAUCGCAUACGAGAAGAAGAAACGCAAGCGCGUGCAAGCCACCGAGGCGUCGAGUUCAUCGACUGGCGCCGCCGCCGCGGCGGCAGUCAGCAGGGACCUCGGAGGUAGCGCCGAUGUUGGCGCUGCUGUAGCAGCGUCCACCGCGCAGGCUGGAGGCAGCGGCAGUACUGCACCGAGCAUCUCUUGA